GUCACGGUGAAACCAGACGGGUGACAGAAAGGAAGGCGGGUAGUCGUUCUGCUCAAAAUUCUGCUGCUUUUGCGUUCAUUUGAGACGAGUGGCUACAUUGAAUAUUAUCUUUUAAAGACGCAGUUCUUGUCGCCAAGAAAACUAGAUCAACUGGCUAAAGUUAUUUCAGGAAAUAAUCGCCGUUUGUUCUGAGAAUCGUGCGGGACACUUAAAUACGCCGUGUGGACAAAAUACAGAAUUAUUGAAUGUUGAAGCUGGUGGUACAUGCAAUUACCACUGAGCUUCUCGUGUAAAUUAUCAUAUAUUUUACAGUGUGUGUGAAAGUAAUGCUUUACUUGUGAUUCCUUCGGUCGACGAACGUGCCGACGUGCUGUUCACAGGUUGUUACUGGCAGCCUGCGUUACGUCAUCAUCACCGGCCGACUCCGAUAAACGUACUGCUGAUUCCGGAGGGCGUACAGCUGUGCAGGUCGAGUGAUGACGUCACAGUGAAAUAGUUCGGGAAUGAGGCUGCCAUUGGUGACCCUGUUAUCGGUGAUAUUACUGACCUUCUGCACCGCCGCGUCACCACGAGAGGAAGAGCACGCUCCACGCGCGGGUGUCGAUGGCGGUGAGUCCAGCUCCGGAGGCCGGUGGGCGCCCUCUGUCCCACGUGACGUGCAGACUUCCUCAGCUGCUGAGCGCGCGUCCCUUGCGAGAAAUGGCGAAGUCGCUGCUACCACGACAGAGGCCAUGGGCUUGUCUCCUGUCAGAGCCAGUGACGGUCUUUCAUGGAAUGUUGCAGGAUCACCAAGACAGCGGUCGUCUUCAGAUUCACCUGAAAUGAUAACCAUUCCAUCAUCCCUUUCUUCAAUCCAAAGCGAUCGAUCUGCUGGAAAAAAAACACUUUCCAGCGCAGAUGAUACCGGUCAGUCCUCGUCUUCCAACAUCGAAGUGUCCGGAAUCCUUAUCAGCAUCGACGGUGUGCCCACAUUAGGCCCCUUCGAUGAGCCAAAUACUGAAUCCUCAUCCCAGCGAACAAACAGGGCUGAGGAAACAAUUUCCCUUGGUCCCGUAGAAAUCUUUUCCAUUCUCCAUGAAAUUAUAUCUACUUCAAUACUACAGAGUGACAAUGACGAACCCUUACGUCCAACUACAUCUGACACAGACAAAAUAAAUUCGUCGUCCUCAGUUCCAGUUAAACAACCAUCAGCGGCCCUCACAUACCCAAUAAAUUACGUGUCCGAAAAACAUGACAUCGACAAAGCAACCAUGUAUUCGGAACCACGGUUCUCUCCUUCUCCCGUGCCAGCAAACCAAAAGCACGACUCCACAUAUCACGGCCCCUUGGAGUCGAGUAAUCCCUACGCUCACUGGGACAGUGACAGCGAAGAGCAGGAACGCGAGAUGGAAAUGCAGCGACCACACGAUGAGAACAACGCUGCGACUAGGACCUCGGGGCUAACUCCGGAUGCAGGGACAGAACACUCCACUUCAACACCUACAACCGGUCGUAGUUACUUACUCCUCCUAGCUGGAAAUUCAACAAUAGUUCAGCUUCGCCAAAAAGACUUCGCAAAGUACUUGAAGUUGAACCUGGCAGCAAGGUUGUCUCUCGAAUACGACGACGUUCGAGUGAAUCGUGUCGUCCUGGCACCUCCACAGCUUUUGGUAAACGUCAGUGUUGUAACGCCGUCUGAAGCUGCAGUAGCCACGGACCCUGAACAGGGAUCAGUACACGAUGAUGCCCUUGUUAAGGAAGAGGCGCCCCUACACAUGAUGGCAGAGACAAAUGCAACAUUACUGGAGUUAUCUGGGGAGGAGUACCACGUGGUGAGACUCCUUCCACUCCAUUCAUAUCCAUCAAACAAGAAACCAGACGAAGACGAAGAUAACCCUCCUACUUCCUCUGCUGUUAUCAGAAGUCAUCACAGCGACAUUGAGCUACUGAUGUACACUGCUGUGGGCAGUGCGUUUGCUCUUGGUAUCCUAGCAACACUCUUCAUAACCUUCAGUCGUUACACGAGGAUAAAAAAUAUACCGUGGCCAUGGCACAGGCCAAAGUGUCUCUGUUCAUCAUGGACUCUUCCUUCGAGCCACCUUAGACACAGACGUAUGGCUGAAUAUCCAUCAGUAACAGCUGCCCCACCGCCAGUGAUUUAUUCGGGGUCCUUUGCAGCAAGGGCGGCUUCAAAUUCUUCGGGGAACUCGUGGGUGGACGAGUACCAGACACAGUCCAGCGUUAUUCUGGCAGAUGGCGUGGCUUCUGCAGGGGGGGCUGCUAUGCUUGGAGUUGAAGCCAUGAAGUUUCCUGCCAGAGACCCGUUGUACACUGACGCGGAGAUGGGAGACGCAGCUACGAGCGUCAUCGUAGGCCACUAUGCAGACACGCCAAGACAUCACAGUCCUUGUAAGCUUCACAUCUUCAGCUGCAGUCCUGGCAGUAUUGUGAUCCCGGCACCUAUGCUGACAUCGCAUCACCAAGUGAGAAGAAAUCUUGCCGACAACUAUCAGCCACUUAGCAGCAAGGCAGCCAAGGACAGUCAUCACCUUGACGUCAGGAUCAGGGAUGACUGCAGACUAGGCCACGAAAAUCCUAAUUAUCAAACUUAAAUUGGAGCUGCUGUGACUUUAAAAAUCACGUAGAACUGAUGGAAAGAAAGUACAGGAACCAGAACAUAACAUGAAACCCAAACUUUUGUUUUUGUUGUAAUAUGGCGAAGGGAUAAAUUCUUCCUUGACUUUGCGCCAAACAAAGUACGACUUAUAAGCGAACCUUCAACUGAAAUACGAUAAGUGAUCACUUUGUAUAAAAACGUCAGUCGAUGCGUGUGUAAAGUGGAGUGAACCUAACCUAACAAAUGUAAAUAAAAUGUUUUUUGUGUCCCUGUGCUGUGUAUAUCCUUGAACUCCCAUCUGUUGUCUGGAUGAUGUAUUUCUGAAUACUGAUAUGAUCUUAUUUUCAAUGUGGCUGUAAUAUAAUACAGAUGUAAGAACACGUUUGUUGUAGUAGUAUUUACAGGUUAGUCGAUAGAAUUUAAAUGUUACUUCUUAGUUUUCAUUGCAGUGUUUCCAAUCAGCACGACUGCAGCGAAUGCAUUGUUUUUGGACAGCUUUAAAUAUCUGUCACAUGAAUACAUUUCUUGUUUGUUGUAUGUUGUUUUAAUUAGUAUGAAGCACAGAAACCUUUUCUGAAUGAUUUUAUAUCUGCAUCAUGAGUGUCCUUCAAACAUGUCAAGAAUGAAUAUCAACUCUACCCAUCUUACAGAAAAAACUAUCAAUCUGUUUAAAAUCUGAAAGCAGGUUUGAAAUUAUUAUAGUGGAACUGUUGUACUCCCAGAUAUUUAAGCUAACAAUAUCAAUUAUAAAAAAAUUAAAGCACCCUUUUGUUCAAUACAGAU